AUGUCCAGGCCUAGCCCGAUCUUCUUGAAGGUUGCUUCAGAACGGAGCAGCCCGGCCCGUUACCGGUCUUGGUAGGCUUCAUUUCAGGCCUAAUGUGACAAGUCUUUCGUUACAGGACCAAAACGGGGUAUCGACUUUUUCUUUUAGGCUUGGCUCUCGGGCUGGCAAGCGUCGACCUGGUCUAGCCUUUUUCAAAUUCGCUUUGUCUUGGCUCAGCCUAGCCCGGAAACGAGUUUAUCAAGCCUUUUUUCAAGUCUAAUACCUAUACUUCGGCAUUGAUUUCAAUUGACGUUUUUUCCAAUUUUUGUGACAGUUUUCUUUGUUCUUUCACAAGAGUUCACUGUAUUUGCAAGCUUUAAAACAUUUUUUUUGAAACUUUUUUUUAUUUUUUUACCCUAUUUUAUACCUUAUUUCCAAGUACAAUUUUUAUUACCUAAACCUUAACCCAAACCCAUUCCAGCUUCAAAACGGCGGCCUUUUCGUUAGCGCAUUUGCCGGCGGCGUUGUUGGAGAGCUUCUCGGCGUUGGCCGACGCCGACCCCACACCAAACGCCGAACCAACUGCCCAGUCCACUUCCGCCAACAGCCCAAUGAAACGGCCGGCUAGCGAAUCGCCCGAACCCGACUCGGAAGCCAAACGAAAGGCUAGUGAACAAGCGGUUCGGCUGUUCGCUGACUUGAAGGCUGUGCUGGACCAUUCACAGGGCAACGCGGACGGACUACAGUAUCCAUGUGGGCAAUGUGAGAGGAUUUUUUCGAAUGACAAAAUGCUACAACAACAUCAGCAAAGUUUUCACGCUGAGAAGAAUUUUGUUUGUGAAAUCUGCAACAAAGCCUUCAGGUUUAGAAGCAAUUUGGCGGAGCAUCGAAGUGUUCACACCGCAGUAAAACCGUUCGUAUGCCGGUUUUGUGGAAAAUCCAGCCGGCUGAAGGGUAAGACUUUUUUGAUUUACAAAAUUAAAGCCCAUCAGGCUUAGCCUACUAAGAUUAUUCAGCCUAAGUUUGCUAAGUGUAAGCCCCUUAAGCUUCAGCCUACUACUUCUAAGCCUAAGCCUACUAAGCCUAAGCUUACUAAGCCUAAGCCUGCUAAACCUAAGCCUAUUAUGCCUAAGCGUACUAAGCAUAAGCCUACUAAGCCUAAGCCUGCUAAACCUAAGCCUAUUAUGCCUAAGCGUACUAAACCUACGCCUCCUAAGCCUAAGUUUACUAAAGCAAAGCCUAAGCCUAAAACCCUUAUUUUUUUACGCUUACUUUUAUUAAGCAUAAGCCUAGGAAGAAAGAAAAGUUUAUGCAUACUAAGCCUAAGUUUAAGCCUGGUAAGCCUCGGCUUAUUAAGUCCAAGCUUCAUUGGUAAAAAGCUACUAAGCCUUAACGUAAGCCUAAAAACUAAAAACAAAAAUAUUAUUAUAGCUUUAACUUCUCGUCACUAAAAGAAACAUUUACAAACAUUGUAAAAUUGUUUAUGCAGCUUUGAAAGAAUAUAAAGUUAACGUACUGCGAAUAGUAUCGCGUGUCAAAACUGCAUGAAUAAUCCAUGUUUCAUAAUACCCAAAGCGAAGGUUAUUAAUUGGAUAACUCUCUCUCUCUCUCUCUAUCACAUGUUUUUGUAUGCCAAAGGGAUUACUGUAAUUACAAAAUGUUUAAAGCACCAAAUGAGCUAAAAAUAGACAAUUAGCCAGUUUUUCAAACAAUUUUUAAGGGUUUUUUAUGUAGUGUAAAUACGUUUUUACUGUGACACGUGGGUUGAUUUUGAUACUUUAAAUAGAAUGUCGACAUCAUUAUGCCAAAAUUAGGUUUGGGCUGGAAGUAAAGGUUAAAGCUAAAGCUAAAAGACUAUAGCCACGCCUAAAAAACUGAAGCUAGAAGGCUAAACCUAAGAGCUAACGGUUAAAAAUCUAAGGCUGAGCAUGAAAGUCUAAGGCUAAAGCUAGAAGGCUAAUUUUAAAGUGGUAUUGCUAGAAGAAUAGGGCUGAGCCUGAACUACUAAGGUUAAAACUAAACUAUAAUAGAAAGACUAAGUCUAAAAAGCUAGGGCUCUAGGCUAGGGCUCUGGGCUAGGGCUCUGGACUAGGGCUCUGGGCUAUGGCUUUAGGCUAGGGCUCUGGGCUAGGGCUCUGGGCUAGGGCUCUAGGCUACGGGUUUGGGCUAGGACUCUGGACUGGGGCUUUGGGCUAGAGCUCUGGGUUAGGACUCUGGGUUAUAGGUUUGGGCUAGAGCUCUUAGCUAGGGCUUUGAGCUAGGCCUCUGGGCUAGGGCUUUAGGCUAGGGCUCUGGACUGGGGCUUCGGGCUAGGGCUCUGGGCUAGGGCUCUGGGCUAGAGCUCUGGGCCAGUGUUCUAGGCUAGGGCUCUGGGCUAGGGCUCUAGGCUACGGGUUUGGGCUAGGACUCUGGACUGGGGCUUUGGGCUAGAGCUCUUAGCUAGGGCUUUGAGCUAGGCCUCUGGGCUAGGGCUUUAGGCUAGGGCUCUGGACUAGGGCUUUGUUCUAGGGCUCUGGGAUAGGGCUCUGGGCUAGGGCUAGGCUUACUGUAAUUACUAUGACAUUUCAAUAGUCUUUACAAUGAAUAAUAGUCGCUAUCAUAUAUACAUAACAAGGUAUUGACAUCCUUUUUGAACGUGCAAUCACACAAUGUCAAACGAAUGGGCGAACGGAGGAGAUAAUCCUAUAAUAUUUAAAAGUGGCAGUUAUUAAAUUUUUCGACUUUUUUUAAAUUUAACUAUUGGUUUUUGGUUCUCAGUUUGGAUUAAAUAUGGAAUCAAUUAGAAUAAUAUGUUGGGGAUGGUUUUUCAAAUUUCUUCCUGAUUGCUUAAUUAUUUGUUUUAUUAGAAAAAAUUAAAAAAUCUCAAUACUUUUGUGUCAAAAUUCAAAAUUUAAAAAAAUUUUUUAAAAAUUUUUUAAUUUUAUAAUUUUUUAAUUUUAAAUUUUCUAUCUCAAAACCAUCCUAAAAUGCAUCUCUCACUUCAGGAAACCUCACAAAGCACAUUCUAAAGCAUCAUCGUUCCGAACAAAUCGAGCACAUUGGCACCGACGAUAUAAUCAUUAAAAAAGGCAAAAAGUCGGUCAAAGACCCUGCGGCAAUCGACUUUUUGGAAAAGUCUAUGAUCGUCCUGAACCCGGAUGGAACGCCAGUCAAUGGGAAUGGUGUGCCUAGCCGAUCAGAGUUCUCGGCUCAACCACAUUCGAGAAAUUCGACCAGUAAUUUGAGCGCUAGUGAUGGAUCGGUAGGUUUUUACCAGUAGGCUUUUGUAGCGGGGUAACUUAGUCUGGGCUGAACUGGGAUUUUUGAAAUCUUGUGACAAGAUUAGGUAUAUAUUGUAGUGUAUUGUGGCAAAAUUUUAAAGAAUUUCAUAAGGCUUGUCAAAAGUUAUGUUUGAUUUUAUAUGUCUUGAUCUAAAAUAUUAUAGUAGGAUGGGUUGAUCAAUUUGAAAGGCUUACUUUGUUGUCAGUACUAGGCUGAACGUUUUGCAACUUUGUGGUAUUGUAACACAUUGUAUUAAGCAUCUAAAGUCACAAUUUAGUAAAAUUUCAAGAUAGCAUCAAAAAGUUAUGGCAAUUUUUCAAAACCCACUAUAUUUUUUAAGUCUAAAAGUAUCAAGUCAAAGACCGAUUUUACUGACGUUUUAACUAAAUUUUUAUGUUAAAUAUGCAAAUUUCAGGCCACGCCGAUGGAAAAUAAAAUGGACAACACACCGUUGAACGGCUUCUUAAUGUCAUUUGGAUUGGAUGCCGGCUCGUUGGACCUGAAAGGAGACUCAUCCGAUGAUAGAGAAAGCGAAUCUUCAGGUCUUGGUAAGAGGAUUCAGCCCCUAUCACUAGCCCUAGCUUGAGCCCUAGCCUAAGCGGUAGUUUAAACCCUAGCCUAAUCCCUGGCCCUAGCCUAACCCACAGCCUUAACAUUAGCCUAAGCUCUAGGUUUAAGCUAAGCCCUAACCCUGGCCACAGCGAUAUCCCUAGUUUAACCCAUCUUCUCUUCAGGAAACAGCACAAACGACCAGCUGCUCGAAAAAUGCAACCAGUUCAUGAACAUGACUAACGAAUCCGUUGAUCAAGACAAUGAAGAGAAGCAUGACGACUCAACGGAUGAUGGCUCCGUAGGUCAUUCCUCCAACUCGAAUGUCCAACAACUAAACGCAUUAUUCUACAAUGCUGCCAACGCCUUACACAGUAAAAACAAUGCAUUCGCUGAUUUAAACAAAUCACUAAAAAUUGAUGAGGAUACGAAGAAUAGUUCAACGUUAAAGGCCACUCAAUGUCCUGAAUGCGGUAAACAUGUCCGAAAACGUAAGUGAUUUUAACUUUUAAUACUGUGGAAGUUGAAGGUUUUGGGUAGGGUUGAAGGUACAGGGAUUUUAAUCGACGUUUUUUUAGGCAAAGAAAUCAAAAAAAAUAAAAAAAAUUUUUUUGCAAAACAAAAUCGACAGAGGGGACCAAGUUCAACUUUUUUCGAAAAAAAAAUAUUUUUGAGGGUAGGGUAAAGUAGGAGAGGAACAAGACUCAUGGAUUUUACAACACUAAUAAAGACGUUAUUCUACGUUUAUAAAUAGGAAAAAAUUAAAAUUUAGAAAAAAAUUUUUUUUUGGAAAAAAAUCCACAGGGGGGACCACGUUCAACUUUUCUUUUAAAAAAAUUUUUUUUAGGGCAAGGGUAGGGGUAACAUACAAAAUAUGAGCUUUUUAAAUCGGCCAUUAAGGCUACUGCCAAAAAUUUUUGUAAAAUUCAUGAAAAUUUUUUUGGCUAUAUUAUGUUUUUGAAAACACAGCCCUAGUCCUAGCCUGAGCUCUUGCUCCAUCCCUAGCUCUAGCAUUAGCUUUAGUCUUAGCACUAACCUUAGCUCUAGCCCUAGUAGUAAUUCCUGCACAAAAGUUCAAAUUUUUUAAAAAUUUUCAAAAAACGCGUGUACUUGAGUUCAUCUUGGAAACCUUUUCAGCCAAAGACCUGAUUACUCAUUUGGCCACCAUUCACAACAUUUCGCCAGCUGCCAAUCCGGAUGACACGUUGGACUUGCAAGCGUCGUCCGAAUCGCUACACGCCGACAUUCGGCAAUUGUUGAGUAUUGUGUCAGAGCUGAAGGCGUCCAGUAGUCAGUGCGUCAAAAUGGAGCAGGUAGGGAUAAAUUUGAAUUUUUUUUGUUUUUAAAAGUGGGGGGGGAGGGUUUCAUUUUUUUCAAAGAUAAGGAGGGCGGGGGAAGAUGGAAUUUAAAAUUUAUGGGAAUGACAAAGGGCUAGGGGAAUGGAAUUGUUUUUUUAAAGGCAGGAGUGAUUCUUUGAUUUGACGACCGGUAAAGUUUUGUAACAGAACUUUUGGCGCACUCUGUAAAAUAGGCUCGGAUUUUAAAUUUACAAAACUAGGGGUAAGGCGGGGUUUUUAUAUAAACAUUUUAAUACAAAAAACGUGAUUUUUUAUUUUUACAGAUAGUCCACUCAAUAGACGGUCGAGUACAGCGCCUCGAGAAACAGCUCGAAAUGGCCCUAAACAGCAUCUACACCCUGGUACAACUCCAAACCGGCAUCAACACUCAAGUCACGCGGUUCCGCGACGACGCCAGUGAUCAACUGAACAACGUGGUACGCCUGCUGAGCGGUACCACUAAUAGCGAAUAA